AUGUCCACCCACAACAUCGUAGUCUUCGGCGGAGACCACUGCGGUCCCGAAGUCGUGGCCGAGGCCGUCAAGGCGACGCUCCAACAGGUCAUCAAGGCAAUCGAGUCCGCGAGCCCAUCGGCCGGCAAGUUCAACCUCCAAGACCACCCCCUCGGCGGUAGCUCUAUCGACGCCCACGGCACCCCGCUUACCGAGGCAGCCCUCGCCGCAGCCAAGGCCGCCGACGCGGUGCUCCUGGGCGCCAUCGGCGGGCCUGAGUGGGGCACGGGCGCCGUGCGGCCAGAGCAGGGCAUCCUGCAGCUGCGUAAGGAGCUCGGCACGUACGGCAACCUGCGGCCGUGCUUCUUCCCGUCGGACGUGCUCGUCGACUACUCGCCGCUCAAGGCCGACGUGUGCCGCGGCACCGACUUCACCAUCGUGCGCGAGCUGACGGGUGGCAUCUACUUCGGAGAGCGGAAGGAGCCGGUCGCCGGCACCGACGGCAAGGACGGCGUUGAGGGCGCCGACGUUGCCUGGGACACGGAGCUGUACACGCGCCCUGAGAUCGAGCGCGUGACGCGGCUAGCGGCCCGCCUCGCCCUCGCGCGCACGCCGCCGGCGCCCGUCUGGUCGCUCGACAAGGCCAACGUGCUCGCGUCGAGCCGGCUCUGGCGCCGCGUCGUCUCCGAGACCAUGGCCCGCGAGUUCCCCCAGCUCGAGCUGCGCCACCAGCUAAUCGACAGCGCCGCCCUCCUCCUCGUCAAGAACCCGCGCUCCCUCAACGGCAUCAUCGUCACCGGGAACCUCUUCGGCGACAUCAUCAGCGACCAGGCGAGCGCCAUCCCCGGCAGCAUCGGCCUCAGCCCCAGCGCGAGCCUUGCCGGCCUGCCCGACGGGAAGGCGCGCUGCAACGGCAUCUACGAGCCCAUCCACGGCUCGGCGCCCGACAUCUCGGGCAAGGGCAUCGUGAACCCUCUCGGCACCAUCCUGUCUGUCGCCAUGAUGUUCCGCUACUCGCUGGCGCUGCCGCGCGAGGCCGACGCGGUCGAGACCGCCGUGAAGAACGUCAUCGAGGCCGGCAUCAGGACGAAGGAACUCGGCGGCUCGGCGGGCACCACUGAGGUCGGCGAUGCCGUCGUCGCCGAGGUUAUCAAGAUCCUAAAGGCUUGA